UGUCGGGGGGGGACGAUAUCUCUGGUUCUGGUGCAUCAGUUCUGCUCUUUAGCUUAAACUUUACGUCACAAGUCCGAGAGUGAGGAGCGCCAUGCUAAAUCUGUCGAGAACUCUGUCCACACACAGACAUGCGAUGACAUCCGUCUUCUUAUCUAAGUCCUGAGCCAGAAAGCUAAAGCUAAAGUUUUUUUUUUUCAGACUAUUCCUCUAAAACACUGAGGAAUAAAUCAGAAACUUGAGAUUACAGUAAGAGCGCCCUUUAAUGGCAGCUUCUAUGUGAAGCUUGAUCUGGUCGAAGGGGAUAACAAUGCCUGUAAACACGAGAUCGUUUUCUUAUGAGAAAGUGUCGCCAAGCUUCUCGCCCUUUGCACUUUAAGAACCGAGACAGCGUUUGGUUUAAUGUGGUACUUCUGACGGUCCAUCCUACGGAUCCGUCCCGCCCUCGUCGCUCUGGAGUUCGCUGCUUUUUUCCCCUCGCCCAUGCGCGCUCAGCACGCACGGCCCCCACAUGUCCGACGGCCCCUGAAUGCGGCACAGUCAGGCAGCAGUCUUGACUUUUUAGCGGCGGGGAGCAGCGGACCAGCGGGGCGACACACGGGUCCCGUGCCGCUGGAAAACCGGAGACUACCCGCGCCCGCAGCCCAGUUUUUAACUUCAGAUUCGCAUUUCACCGGCCGAACUCUUUACCCGGGAGAACCUGGGAGGAAUUUACGGCGAGGAAACGGCGAGAAGAGGGGGAGGAGAAGGAGGGAGAGGAGUCGCUGCUUGGGACCAGAGCCGGUCCAGCGGUCCAGCGCUCUGCUCAGCCCGGCGGUCAUGUUCAGCACAAGAAAGACCUGGGACCUCGGCCACGCCCCCUGCCUGCAGGAGCUCUGGAAGAAAGACGUUUCAUUGGACGCGAGCUCGGUGGACUUCCUGAUGAGUGAUGGUGAAGACGACGGCUCCUUCCUGUCUCUGCCCAACGCCGCCUUCUCGCAGCGCCCUUCUCUGACCGCAGAGCUGACCGAAACGAACGCACCCAGCCAGCACCUGCUCAUCCAGACUCCACAGGCUCGUCUUCGCUCUGAAGACGUCACCCAUCACCUGCUGCUCCAGCAGCUGCUGCAGCAGCAGAGCGUCCAGGGGAAGCCGCGCGGAGGCGUCCAGACGCCGCAGGAGGAGCGGCUGCCGGCCCCACCCAAAAGUGAGAGGGUGUUGCAGCCUGGUGAGCAACCUUCAGAUCGUCUCAGCUGUCCAGAAGAAGAGCAGCUCGUUACUCGGCUGCGCACACAGGUGGAGGAGCUGGAGGAGAAGCUGUUGGAUCAGACCCAGGAGGUGGAGAGACUUCGCUCUGAGCUGGGGGCGACAGACCUGGAGAAGCAGCUGGAGCUGCUGGCGGUGGAGAACGAGCGUCUGAAGCAGGAGCUGAAGUCAUGCAGGAGCUCAGAGCUUCAGAAGCUCGACGCUGCUGCAGAGACCUGCAGCUGCAGCCAGUGCCCCCACAGCCAGGAUGCGGAGUCCCUGCGGAGGGAGCUGUCCCGCUGGGAGAGCCAGGCCCGGCAGAGGGAGCGGCGGCUGGCUGAGCUGGAGCGGGAGCUGCUGGAGAAAAGCUCCCGGGUGGAGACUCUCCACCGGCAGCUGGACGACUCCACCCGGCAGCUGGACGACAGCCAGAGGCGGCUGGAGGAGUCCAGGCGGAGGCAGGGGGAGGCCGAGCAAAAACUCGUCCUGCGACUGCAGGAGUGUGAGGAGGAGCUCGCCAGACAGGCAGCAGCGCCCCCCAGAGUCAAGUAUGUGACUCAGACGGUUGAGGUGGAGUCGGCCGACUCUCAGAAAGCUCUGGCUGAGAUGCAGACGAAGAACGCCGCCCUGCAGGAGCAGAUUUCUGUCCAGAGACAGCUGCUGAGGGAGCUCGAGACACAGCUGCACGAGUCGCAGAGGACCUGCGCUCAGCUCAGGACGCAGAUCCUGGUGUACGAAGGAGAGAUGGAGCGAGCUCAGGGUCAGCUGGAGGUGGAGAUGCAGAACCUGGAGGAGGAGAAGAACCGGGUGAUCGAGGAGGCGUUCAUCAGGGCGGAGAGCGAGAUGAAGGCCGUCCACGAGAACCUGGCAGGAGUGCGUAUGAACCUGCUGAGUCUGCAGCCGGCUCUCAGGACUCUCACCUGCGACUACAACUGUCUGAAGAGGCAGGUGCAGGACUUCCCCUUCAUGCUGGAUAAAGCCAUCACCGAGGCGAAGCAGGAGAUCUGUCAGGUGAUCAGCGAGGUGAGCAACACAAACCAGGAGCUGCUGCGUAAAUACAAGAGAGAGAUGAACCUGAGGAAGAAGUGUCACAACGAGCUGGUUCGACUCAAAGGUAACAUCCGAGUUUUCUGCCGCGUCCGGCCGGUCAGUCAGGAGGAGCAGGACGCCGCCGACGCCAAAACCAUGCUGAGCUUCGACUCGGACGACGACGCCGUCCUCUACCUCUCCAGCAAGGGCAAAGUCAUGACCUUUGAACUGGACAAAGUCUUCCCUCCUCAGGCCACACAGGAGGAGGUGUUUCAGGAGGUGCAGUCUCUGGUCACUUCCUGUAUCGACGGCUUUAACGUCUGCAUCUUCGCCUACGGACAGACAGGCUCCGGGAAAACCUACACCAUGGAGGGCGUGGCCGACGACCCCGGCAUCAACCAGCGAGCGCUCCGCCUGCUCUUCUCCGAGGUGACGGACAAAACGCCAGACUGGGACUACAAGAUCACCGUCAGCAUGGUGGAGAUCUACAACGAGACGCUACGGGACCUGCUGCGGGAGAAUCCCACCGACAAACUCGACAUCAAGAUGAACCCCGACGGCAGCGGACAGCUCUACGUCCCCGGCCUGACCGAGUUCACCGUGCAGAGCCCCGAGGACAUCAACAGGGUGUUUGAGUUGGGUCACAUGAACAGAGCGACGGCCUGCACCAACCUGAACGAACACAGCUCUCGCUCACACGCUCUGCUCAUCAUCACCGUCUCCGGAUUCAACUCUGCCACUGGAAACCGCACUCAAGGUAAGCUGAACCUGGUGGACCUGGCGGGCUCGGAGAGGAUCGGUAAGUCGGGGGCGGAGGGCAGUCGGCUCAGAGAGGCUCAGUGCAUCAACAAAUCUCUGUCGGCGCUCGGUGACGUGAUCAACGCGCUGCGGAGCAAACACUCCCACGUCCCGUUCAGAAACUCCCGCCUCACCUACCUGCUGCAGGACUCUCUGAGCGGGGACAGCAAGACCCUCAUGAUGGUGCAGGUCUCUCCGUUGCCCAGCAACAUGAGCGAGUCGGUCUGUUCGCUGAAGUUCGCCCAGCGCGUUCGCAGCGUGGAGCUGAGCUCUUCGUCCUCGUCCUGCAGGAGACCCGAGAACUCGUCCGCGUCGUCCUCGCCCACCCACGACAGCGUCGAGCUGGACUCUCCCCCGGUCACCCCGGUCCCUCUCCCCAUCUCUCGGGCCAGCAGCGCCGGCUCCACCCUCUCCUCCACCUCCAGAACCCCCAGCAGCUCCCGCAGGAGGUCCCAGUCGCAACUGUCCACAGACAGACAGGUAGACAGAGCCAGCCCGUUGGUGGGGGACGGUGGGCAGGACGACUGAAGCUGACGGCCUGAGAGACCCCGGGACGACGCCGCGGGACGUCCGGGUCUGACGGCAGGGUGUCGGCCAACACCCUGAGGAUUUUACCCCUGUCCCCUCUGGAUUUAUUACCCUGCCCAGCUGGUGAAAAGACUGAUGGGAGCUUUACAGGGCAGGGACUCGUGUCUCUUUCGGCAGACAACAUGGCCAAAUGUUUUGCUUUCCGUGUUUUCUUGCUGUGACGAUGGACAUUUAAAGACCUAAAGGACUCUAGUGACUCUGAGAAACUGCUGUUCUCGAGCUCCUCCCGUCUGGACAGAACCCAAAUCCUCACCGACGUCCUUCGCAUCCUCCCAAAAAUCAGUAUAUGCUUUCCAAUCACAGUAUUCCUUUCAUGUAACGUUGUAAAUUUGCACUUUAAAUUUCUAGAUUAUUUUCUAACCCACAGUUCCAGAUGUGGUUGAUUAUAAUAUAUGCAUAAUGGGGUUAUAUAUUUAUGUUAACAUGCUUUAACACUGUUUUUGUUUGAUUUAGAUUUUGAGAUUUUUUUGCCUCAAAUCUCGUGUUAUUUUAUCUCAGAAAAUUGAGAUUAGUCUCAUUUUACCACAUCUUGAAUCUUCUUCUCUAUCGGAGGCUGACUUUGUGUCCUCACGGUCCUCCGUUAUCCAAUCAGGGUACUCCGCUGAUACCGAGCUGUCCAAUAGGAUGUGAGCAAUCGUCACCUGUGUACAUGAUUGUUGUUUUUGGAUCUUCUGCUGUUCCUGUGGAGUUUUUUUUUUUAAUGCAGUGGACGAAUCUUCGUCUUUCGCUGAACUCAAACAAAAAGACGCUCUCAUCUUCUUAACCUUCCACCGCUGUUUCUUCUCAGUGUGAUCCUGCUGUCGUCUCGUCGCCUCCGUAGAAAACAAAUCUAGGAAACCGCAGGUGACCUUUGACCUCAGACUGAACAGAUCUGUAGCUGUUGACGCGGCAGGACGUUAACUGUUAGCUGUAGUUGUAGUGAACAGGAAUGCUUAGAAACGCGAUGAGCUGCUGUGUCGUUGACCUGAUGAUCAACAUGUCCGCUUGCUUUGUCUCCGCUGUAGAUUUCUACAGUUGGAUUUUUGUAUUCCCUUUUUAAUAAACACUCCAAAGCAAACACACGCUUCAGCCCAUG